AAGUCAAAAAAUUUUAUACUGUCAAAAUUCAUAGUCAAAAAAUGCAAAAAUACAUCCAGUUAACGAAAAACAUCGACAAUGUUUUGUAUAAGAAUAGUUUUGGGAAGCAAAUUUUUAGAAAUGUAUCAAUAAAGUCCAAGAAAAAUAAAAAAUCGUCCAAAGAAAAAAACACAUGUGAAGAUGAAUGUACUAGCAGAGCUUGCGCCAAAAAAAACACCUCAUUCUUUGGUAAACUUUUCGGGGGUAACAAAAAAAAUAUGAAGGACUUCAGUGUACAGCCUGAUCCUGUGUGUAGACAAGAAUGGGCUAAAAAACUGGAAACCCCUGAUCUGAACCUGAGCAAUUUUGGCGGACAGGCGUACAAAACAUGUGGGGAAUCGUACGUCAUACAAAAAGAUUUGACAACUGGUAGAUCACAAAAAGAACCUGAAGACGACAUAUUGAGAAAAAUGGAAACACCAGCAGAUUUAAAGGACGUUGUAGACCCACUACCGAACUUUGAAAGUGUGGAACAAAGAUUACUUGAGUUGAGCGAUCAUGGAUUACACCCCCACUACAAAAAAUACAUGUUUAUGUCGCGAAAACCCAGUAACGAAGACAACUAUUUGGAGUACAAAACGAAAAGUGGCCCAAUAAAUUUUGAAGAUCUACCCGAACAUUUUAAAAUUAGCAAGCAAAUUUUGGAAAGAAAAAAUAUUUAUGCAGACCUAAAAAGGGCAGAUCCACCGCGUCACUUGUUAGCCAAAGUGUUGGAAAUAAGGGAAAAUGCUAAACCAACUUUGGAAAUCAGAAAAUGCUAAUGACCUCUAAUUUCAUAGAAUAAAAUUGUUUGUUUAUUUUCAAUUGUACCUAUAUGAUACAAUUUAAAAUAAUUAAUGCAGUUUUCUCUAUAUAAUGUAUUACAAAAUAGCAAAUUUUAUACAAGAAACUAAAAUAUAAAUUAUUUAUAUGUUAACUG